AUGGCGUUGCGCCCAAGCGUCGUGCCGCCCUCGACACCCAAGGCUUUCGACAUAAAAAUGCCGACUCGCCGCGACUCCCACCUUCAUUUCGACUUUAUUGACAUUCCCCCACACCUUGCAGACCAACUCGACACAUCUGUACAUACCAAGACUAUGACGCGGUACACAAACGUUGUCGACAGUCUCCAGAAUAUGCGGCACGGUACAGCCAACAGCGGCGACCCCAGCUCAGAAGAAGACAUGGCUGAGCCAGUCUCCCCCACAACCCUCGCCGCCGACGACGCCGUCCAAGCCCAAGAAGCCGAGGUCGCAGCCAAUCCGCCCUCAAGCUCCGUGUCCACCACCAUAGCCGCCUCUGCCUCCGACUACGUCUCGGACUUCGACAACGACGGCCUUUACGCCAAAAAUCAGCACGCCCCGCCGCAGCCCUCGACCUUCCAGAACAGCGGCUUCACACCUACCCCAGGCAUAACCUACAUAUACAAGAUCUCCGCACCGAAGCCUACACUGACUCUCCCACCAACCCACCCCUUCCGCACCACGCCAGCCGGCUACCCAGUCUUCCGCCCGCACCCAUCCGCCCACCACGCAACCCUCUCUACAGCCCCUGGCUUCGCAGAUCCCCGCCUCACCGCAUUCACGGCGCACUGGACCAAGAUCUACACCGACAUCGGUAACAACAGCACCCUCUUCUCUGUCGGGGACGGGCUGUUUGAGCUGCGGCAGGCGUGUGAGUUGCGUGGGCUAGUUACGUAUGGGGUUGUGCAGCGGUUGGUGGAAAGGCUGGUGGACCGGGCGGUGCGGGAUGCGGGGAGGGGGUGGUGCGAAGUUCGGGUGGGCAUGGGGAGGGUGGAAGUGUUGGAGGCGCCUGAGGUGCCGGUGGCGGUGGAGGACGACGUCGGGGAUGAUUGGUGGGAGGAGGUGAGCUAUGGAGGUUAG